CUACUGAUUGUCGUGAUUUUCAUCAUAGAGCAGAAACGCUAAAACAGUAAACAUGGCGUAUCGCGGUGUGAAGGGUUCCGAUCCAUUUGUGUCUAAAACAUCGCGAAAUGAGAGAUUCGCGCAAAUGUCUAAACAAGAGCAAAUAAUACAGCAAAAAAAGCUUGAAAUUCAAGCAAAGAUGCAGGAACAACGGGCUAAACAGGCCGUUGAAAACGUUAAAAAAUCAACGACCAACACUAUCACCUUAUCAACGCCUCAACCGAUCAGCAAGCCAAAUACACCCAAGAAAGCAGAGGAGAAGCCAGCAAGCAUCGGUUCAUCUCUUUCAAUGGUCAACCUAUUUGCAAAUGAUGGAAGUUUCCUUGACCAAUUCAAGAAGAUAUCCAACACAAAGACCCCUUCCUCUUCCUCAAACUCUUCCCAAUCCCAGAUAUCCACAAAAUCUGACGACAAACUUACAAGAGACCAGCAAAAAUCUUCGUAUGACAAUUCUCGGGCCCCACCCAUUGCAGACCACCGAGACAGAAAAUGGAACUCACAAUCUGACAGCAAAUCCAGAGAUAACUGGGAUAACUCUCGUAGAGACAGAAGAAGAAACAAUGACUCGAGGUGGAGCCGAUCUUCUGAUCGUAGGCAUAGUUCCUCAUCUAGCCCUUCACCUACAAGACGCAGGCUUUCUCCAAGUCCGGAAUCAAGACACGGGUAUCACCAGCCUCCUCCUCAAAACCAAAACCAAAGCCAUGGGCCUCCACCUCCUUCGAAUCGUGCUCAUUUUAGUCAGCAUCAACAAUACCCCUCAUCCCCCAAUGUCAACCAACCUUCUUCUUCAUCUAUCCCACCUCUGAUGUCACAGCCUUUAAUGCAAAUGACAAAUCUCCCUCCGCCAAGCAUUAGAGGAAUUCCUCAGAACCUUCAAAAUAUACAUAGACUACCUCCUCCUCCAAAGGGCUUAAGCGGUUUUCCCCCACAAGAAAAUAUUCCUAGGAUUCCACCACCUUCUCCACACCAUAUCUUGCGAGCGCCACCUCCUCCCCCAAAUCUACAAAGUUUACCUCCCAACACCAAUGUACCACCUCCUAGCAUGCAAAUCCCUCAGCAACAACAUAACUUGCAGAACAUUCAGUCCUCGGCAUCGCAAGGGCAGAGUCAUGUCAUUCAAAAUGCUCAUCCCCCUCCUCAGAGCUGCAGUGUUCCACCACCUUCAGCUCUCGGACAACCUCCUCCUAAUCUUCCACCUCCAAAUUUACCCCCACCAAACAUCAUGCCACCCAUGUCUCAGAUCCCUCCAAAUAUUAUGCCUAUGACUAGCCAGGCAAUCGUGGUCACUGUUGCUAGCGUUGCGAAUGUUCCACCACCCAAUGUGGUCCCACAGAUGAUUAUGGCAGGCCCACCGCCAGUGCAUAGCCAAAUUUCAAGUGCAAUAAACUCAAUACCGCCACCAAAUCUUAAUAUUCCGCCCCCAAAUGUUCCUCCUCCGAAUAUCAUCCAAAAUGCACCACCUCCACAUAUUAUUACGGCCAGUUAUCCAGUUCAACAUCAAACGCAGGUUCCUAUUAACGUGGGACCCAUUAAUAUGCAACUACCGCCACCGGUCAGACCGCCUCACACACUGCAACAGCAGAGUCAAUUAGUGUGUCCCGUAGAGGCAGAGCAGCUGGCACGAAUCGUGGCCGAUUGUGGGGACGAAAUUGAGCAGGAAGUCCGCGAGAAGAACGCGCAAGAUCCCAAGCUAUGGUUUCUGCACCAAAAGCAAAGUGCAGCGUAUCUGCAGUACAGGGGGUUGGUGGCAAAGUUCCGGGCUGAAAAAGUUGGGAAGGAGACCAAGAAUAAUGGGGGCGAACUUUACUGUCCUGAAGAUGCUCUCAGCGACAAUGAAGACCCUGAAAAAAGUCAAAAAAUCGGAUCUUCUCAAAAUGAUUAUUACAAUAAAGAUUCUCGAGAAGAGAGAAAAAGAAAGAGACGAAGUCGAUGGGGAGAUCCUGAUAACAAGGUUCCACUUUCUGGAAUGGGGGGACCGCAGCUGGGAAUCAUUCCUAGUUCAAGAAAAAUUCCGCAACCGGGAAUUGCGAUUCCCGGGCAAAUCGGACAGCCAGCAGUGAUAUUACCACCCCCUAAAAUCCAGAGUGGUAAAGUCAACCCCAUGCUAACUAAAAUAUCAAGAAGUGAUCCUGCGCUUGCUCAAUACGCAAGACAAACCUUUGGGACUUCAGAUCUCACCGAAGAGCAAUGGAAGAAGGCAGAGGACCAUUAUAAGAUUAAUCUCCUAUACCAAAACCUUUUGAAAAAACGUGAAGAGGUGAAACGUCUGGAGGCUCAAGGAAAACAUAAAUAUGAGUAUGACAGUGAUGAGGAAACAGAAGGCGGUACGUGGGAGCACAAAAUUCGAUCUGCUGAAAUGGUGGCAACCCAAAUGUGGGCUGAAGAGCUGACUGCUCAGGCUGAGGGCAAACACCACAUUGGCGAUUUUCUACCCCCGGAUGAGCUGAAAAGGUUCAUGGAACAGUAUAAUGCUGUAAAGCAGGGAAAAGAACCGGACCUCAGUGACUACAAGGAGUUCAAAUUGAAGGAGGAUAACAUCGGUUUUCAGAUGCUCCAAAAGUUGGGUUGGAGCGAAGGUCAGGGCUUGGGUAGCGAGGGGAGUGGUCGUGUUGACCCAGUUAAUAAAGCUACGAAUAGACUGGAUAGCGCAGGCCUUGGAUCUGAGAGACCUGAUGGUAUUUCGAGAGAUGACGAUGAAUUUGACGCUUACAGAAAGCGUAUGAUGCUUGCAUACAGAUUCAGGCCUAAUCCUUUGGUAAACAUUUUGAUUUCUAUAAACACCUGAUAUCAUAUUGUUCCUAAAAAUACACUUAUUGGCAUAUCUGUUUAAUUGCUGUUCAUAUCUGUUUUUCAGAAUAAUCCUCGAAGGCCUUACUAUUGAAUAGCGAUGAACAAUAACACUCAAUCAGCAAAAAAUAGUUUCGUCAAAGCAGAAUAAAAUAUGAUAUUACAAUUAACAUUCUCUGUAACAGAAUUCCUUGUUAUUUUGUAUAUCUAAAUAUAAUAUGUAUAUUAAAUUCACAUCUCCAAUCAA